CCAGAGAAAAAUCAAGUGAUCCAUCUUGUCUUCCGAGGCAAGUUUGACCUGGAGCCGAAACACGAAUGCACCAAUGACUACUUGGAGCUCCGAAACGGAGGAUAUGGCUUCUCUCCUUUGAUUGGCUUCUUUUGUACAGACCGUGCCCUCAACCAUCCCAUUGUUACUUCUGGCCGCUUCCUUUGGCUUCGGUUUCAUUCAGAUUACAUACUGGAGAAGAGCGGAUUUCAGGCAUUCUACUACUUUAAGAAAAAGCUCGAUUACUCAGACCCAUCUGCUCGGUCCUCCGUUGCUGUGGAUUAUGUACUAAUUGCUUCACAAAUUGUGUCCCACAAAGUCUUCAUAGCCAGACGUAACCAGAAGUUGUACCUCGCCCGGGCUUCACCAAGGAUCCCAUAG